AAUGGAGCAACAGCAGAUACCACCUGUUACCGCUGUAUUUCUCGUGGUCUUUGAUCAAAAGGUGGGCUACACGAUCGCAUGGAAACGAAGCCUCCCUGAGAUCGAUCUAGAUGGCGUUGAAUACAAGAGUCUGCCUUCAGGAUUGCAUGCUGUCAAGGAAGAUCUAGUCUACUUCGUUCAUGGCUCGUGCGCCGGUGUAAGUGUCUUCGUACAAGGCGAAGCAGACGCAAGACAUCGCAACGCCAACUUCGUGGCAGUUGGCGCUUUAGUGCUGCCUUUGGACCAUGGCGUAUUGGGACGUGGCUGGGUCCACGCUGAAGAGCUGAGGAGCUUGUCGAAACAUUUGGUGCACAACAGUACUGAUACACGACCUUUGGAGCUGUUUUGGACGAAGUAUAGGUCUGAUGCUGAUCCCAGGCGAAAGUCAGCAGGUCCUGCUAGCUCCAGCCCAGGAGGCGGCAAGAAGAGGAAAAGAUCUGGGUCGGAUGCGACAUUGGCAGGCUUCAAUGCCGAUGGUGCCUGGCCCCUAGAUCAUCCAGCGCUCUCAGUGCCUAACAUCCUGGAAACAUUUGGACCCCUGCUGUUCCCAAUACACCGCGCUGCGUUGAGCAGGCGGCGCAUACUGUUUCUUGGCAGCCCAUCUGUGCAACGAAAUGUCAACGCGGUGUACAUCACAUCGGUACUGUCAAGUAUUCCUAGAUCGCUGUCCGAGAAUCUUCCUUCAGAAGCAGAGGGCAUUCUGCGGAGUUCACCCUUGUUCAGCAUAGGGAUUCAUGAUCUCCCAUCUCUUACUACCAAGACACCAGAUCCCAAAGGCUGGAUUGCGACCACAACGGACGAUAUUCUGAGAGAGAAGAAAGGGCUGUAUGACUUCCUGAUUGAGCUACCUUCACAGACUGAUCCUAAGCGGCCGUGGCCAAGACUUCGCACGUCUGAUGGGAAGAUAGUCAAGGCAUCGCAGCGGGACCUGCGAAGAUGGACGUUGCUGCGAAGAGAGCUACGUAGGCUACGACGGCAGACAGUCUCAAGGGACGCAGAUGAAUCAUCCACGACUGAAUCAGAUCGACGACCACUUCUGGAACGUAGAGGAACAAGCAGUUUCGGCGAAGACUUUUACGAUAUGGGCCUGCAGAAUCGCGAUGAAUCCGAGGCCGUUGAGGUGUCGUCUUGGCAGGCAAUGGCUUAUAGAGGUUUCAUGUGGUGGGCCUCAGCUGGAGAGGCGAGUGCAUGGGAGAACGAUGAAGCAAAAGCCGAUGAAGAACUUCUGUUCGACAUGCCUGAUGUCGCGAAUCUCUUCCCUGGGACAAGUGGGCAGAGAAGACAGGAAGACCAAGAGUCAGAGUACUCGCGUGCUGCCGCAACAACGCUGGUCGCGUAUUUUCAGCGAGUCACGGAAGGACUACUACGUCCACUUGCUAGCAUUGUGGAACAGGCAGAUGAUGACACUGAAGAAGGGAUUCAAGAAGACCAGAUCGAGGUGACCGGAGAUGCUGUUCGAGAUAUGGGUCUCGACAGCUGGAGCGAGGCCGACAAGAACUUCGUCAAGGAUAUGAUGAAAACUUGGUUUGACCGUGAAGCAAUUGUGGCGGAUCAGGGGGUCAGACUGUGCGGUGUCAGAAUCUGCUGAAGUUCCGAGAGCAGCUUGAGGUUAGCAGUUGCUCAAAGUGCUCAACAAUGCAUAUGCGGCAUGUAGACGACAAUUGAGUAGGAAGGUGCAGGAUUCAUAUCC